AGUCGUGUCGUUCGUUUAGAUGUCUACAGACGCUCGGGGCGUAUAGGUUGUUUUGAAAUUUUCGUGUGUGUUUUUUCAAUUCAUUUUUGUUUUCGCCAAUAUUCAACUGUUACAUGGUUGUUUGGGUGUGUUUUAACAGAAGAAACGCGAACAGAAAUUUUAUUUUAUUUUUAUCCGUUGGUUUGAUUUGAUUCUUUUUUUUACUUGGAUUCGUUUUGCGGUUAUUACUGUUACAUCCCCCGUUUGAAUGCUAUAAUACGUGAAAUCAUCUGUUCGAUGUGUUAAACAAAAAGACCUCUGUGAAUACGACAAGAAAAAAAAAAUAAUUUGGAAAUUGAUUUGGUGUGACAAGAUUGAAAAUAAUUUCGAAAAAAAAUCAAUUUCGAUUCAAACGACUUGGUAAAAGAGAGAGAAAAAUCUGUGUUUUUAUUUGUGGAGUUAUUUUGUGAGUGUCAAGAAACAGAAAACAGAAAAAUUAUCAGCCAAAAUGAGUGGAUAUCAGGAUUUAAGCACAAACAUUGAAAAUAGCCGAAAUUGCCUUCGACGCAUAGCCCGAAAUGAUGGACAGGAGUUUUCACGCGAAAGCAUCGUCAAUUUAAUGGAAAAAUUCGUCAAAACGGUGAACGUUAUGGAUGAGACAAUAUUGGUGCCAUGUCGAUUGAUGGAUCGAUCGGUGGGCGACUCGUCCGACAAUGUACGCGAUGCUCCAAAAGCCACGUCGACGCCUCACACGAAACGCAAACGUACAUCGGUCCACGAGAAUCUCAACUCAGCCGAACUGUUCAACCUGUACAACAUGCUAAACGGCGUCAAAACCGAUCUGCUGUGGGGCCGAAACAGUGAAGAGCAACCGGAAGAAACACUGGCCGCCGAUCAAAAGUCUCUCGCCAAAACGGACAGCAGCCAAUCCAUUGUCAGUGAAGCAUCAACGAAACAGCAACAACAGAAGGGUCAUGUUCGCCGGCCGAGCACCGCAUCCGUUGCAUCGUCCAAUUCAUCCACAAAUACGCUCAGUGAUUCGGACAGUGAUAUAUCGAAUGAGAACGAUUCGGGCAUCGAAUCGGAAAGUAAUAACAAUCACGAACAGGACAAAUCGACCGAAUUGGCCAAGCAAUAUCGCACACAUCUGCUGGGAUUGUACCGUUGUUUGGAGCAAAUGACCGAAGCGGCCAACUAUUUGACCACUCGAUAUCAGAGCGAUGUUGGACCAGCUUAGACAUAGAGAAAACGAGAUAGAGAGAGAGAGAGAAAGAUAGUGGUAAUGGUAGGGGGAUCAGAGUCGAUGGUUUGUUGUUUUUUUCCUCUUCGACUUUGAUCGAUUUUAUAUUUUGAAAUGAUAGAUCACCUUUUAGUUGAACUAAUUUCGGUGUGUAAAAUUUGUGUAAAAGAGAUGAAGUACCAACCAAAACACGCUCCACGUUUUAAGGAAGAAGAAGAAGAAGAAGAAGAAGAAGAAAAAUUGUAAACUAAAAGUGACGUAAACGAAAUUGGUGAACCAAUUAGCGUUCAUCGAUUUUUAAGGAUUUUUUUCUUGUGAAAAUUGUUUUUUUUUUUAUUUUUUUAUCCAACGCAUCGGUUUCGGGUUAUUUGUCAUUUUUAUGGGGUAAAGGAAAAGCUCUGGUGAUUUUUGUGUGUAAUAAUACAUUGGGCGGGAACGAUUGGGGGGUAACUAAAUUUAUCGAUAAAAAUGAUGAAUGAUUUGAAUCUGUGAAGAGAAACAAAGAGACGAAGAAUAGAAGAAGUUAGGAAAAUAAUUUGUGAAAAGGAAAAUCCACAAAACACUAAAAAAAAGAAAAACUUAAAUUUGUGUGGCUUUGGCAGCGGCUUUAAUAAUGUUUUGCUUGUUUCUUGUUUGUCUUUUUUUCUUUAAAAAAAAAAUCUGGAUUGUGUUUAAGAGUUGUGCGCCCAAAACCAAAUAUAAUUUAAAACAAAACAAAAACUGAAAUCAAAAUCGAAACCAGCUUCAUUUACGUAACGAUUGUGAACGCAAUCUGUUACGAAUUCCGUUUGUGACGAGGAGACAAGGGAAGAUACAUUUAAGGGAAAAGAAUUUUUUUUUUAAAUUUUAAUUUUAACCGAGAGAAUUUUGUGAGAAACAAUAACCUUGGUUUGUGCUUCGAAAAAACGCAAAAACAUAUUCACGAUGAACGAAAGUUAAAUGAACUUUGACGGCGUCCAUUCGGAUUAUUUUCGGUAUACAUCGGUAUGCGGAGCCCAAGUUUCAGGGGAAUUCAAGCGCAGCGUCAUAUUUCGUUUGAUGUAGCGUUAACGAAAUUCUAUAGAACUGAUGGAAUGUGGUGAAUGUGUUAGUAUGAAUACUGCAAAAGUAUAAUUUUGACACACUGCCAACAUUCCAUACCGUGUUAACGGAGAGUGAAGACCAGUUACAUUUCAUUGAGAGCAAUAAAUCGAAAUUGAAAGUUCGAAUUUUCGAAGCAUGAAUUUCGACUCUAUUCUCGAGACCAGUUAAAUUUAAGUGAGCCGGAACCUCUCUCCGUUGUAUUGUAUUGUACAAUGAAGUGAAUUUUCGCUGUCCACAAAUUCGCCCGAAACUUGCGUUUCGUGUGAUCUCAUUGGUCACAUUAGCCCAUCGUGCUGUUUUUUUUUGUGUGCAAAAUCAGCCAAAUUUCCUUUUUGUAUUUUGUAUAUCAGCACUAAAACAGUGCCAGAUUAUCGCUGAAACAAUUCGUAUAGACGUACCGAACAAUAGAACCGAAUGGAAAUCUUCUUCAUUAUUCAAUCGAUUUUCGUUCAAAUUCACCGUACAUUGAGAUUGAUAAUUGGAAAAAGACCGCGGACUGAGAUCAGGCGUUGUUUGGAAAAGGCAAAUACGUUGUCAGGCCUCCCGUUUUUCGUAAAAUUUCUAAUAUUCCUGGAAUUGAAUUAAAUUAAUAAUUUAACGUCCCCUUUCGGAGUAUCGAGCAAAAUUUUUUGUUUGUCGCAAUCUCAGAACAGACAAGUAAUCCAUGUUUUGACUUGUGAUAGAGGCUGGAAUUCCAUGUAUUGUUAGGAAGACUCCAAUUUUUAUUAAAUUCCUUUUAAACUAAAUCUAAAGUCUCUCUGAUGAACACACGCAGAUUCUAUGAAAUCUCCUAAAACUUUACUUUCAAAUUCGGUCAAAUUCCUCACUUUUUGGGAGCACCUGUUUCGGAGUGGGAGUCCUGUCAUUUUGUUCCUUUUUCGAACGGACUGUCAAAUUUCAAUGGAAUUUUUGACGCAGAAAAAGUGGACAAAUUUCAAGUGAGUGACUUGAGUUGCGAAGAUUUUUGUGACUUUUCAUUCGCUAAAAAAAAAUGGAAUCAAUCGUCACAUCGAUCGUAAACAUUGAUAUUGUUGGCUGUCUUUUUUAACGCUUAAAUAUUUGCUCAUCUAACGGUAAACGAAAUAUA